AUGCCUAAGGGAAUGAAGGAACGAAUCGCCUUCCAGCAGCGCAAGAACCAAUCAAGCUCUCAAGUACCACUGGGAAGCUUGGAGGAUCGAGUCGCGUUCGCAAAGUACAAAGCAGUUGGAGAUGACACUUUCGUUGUCGAUCCAAUCCGACGCUUCGACGCAGACGCGUACCCCGAUCACUUCCAGCCCUUUGACAUCGAAGUAUCAUGGGGAAACUGGAUCUACGUCGCGUGCCCUGAUGCCACAACCAAAUGCUCCAAAUGCCAGCGCUUCCCCUACCACCAAGGCUGUGUGAUCCUGUCCAUUGAUGGCAAAUGUGAGGCCCCGUCUCAGACACCAGACAAGCCGCGCGCGUCGAUGGCCGUGUUCUUCGGACACGAGAAUAUCUACAACCUAGCCGUUGAAAUCGAAGAAGAACGACACACGGUGCAGGUAGCCGAGCUGAAGGCCUGCAUUGCCGCCCUCGUCAAAGCAAUCGAUCUCUUCCAGGAUGAAAAGAAAGGCCGGUGCGAAAUGGAUCAGACAUGGCCCCUGCAUACGCUUGUCAUCAAGUCUCACUCCAAUUACAUUGUGCAGGGUAUCUCCGAGUGGCUGCCUAAGUGGAAGGCCAACGGUUUCAAAAAUUGUAAGGGGAAGCCCGUCGCGAAUGAUAGCCUGUGGCGACUGGUGGAUCUGUGGAUUCGACACUUGGAAGUAAAUGCCCAGGUGUUGUUCUGGCUGGUUCCCCGGGAGAAGAACAUAAUAGCCGAAUCAAUGAGUGCUUGGGUUUUGACCCAGCCCGUGAGCCGCUGA